AUGGAGGGACGUUACGUUCUUGAGCUACGUGAUCGUGAUCCGGCCACCGUUGAGGAUCUUGUGCUAGAUGGUUGUGAGAGUGCCGAAAUUGAGGGUCUCAGCGACAAACUCGUGAAACUUCAGGAUGGCCUCGAAGGGGAAGACAGUGGAGAUGAAUCUGGUUCUGAUCUGGAUGGCCCUGGCUUGAGCUACUUGGACAAUAGCCAGUUGGAUGAAGAUGAAUCAGAGGAAUACAAACCUGACGAUUUGGAUGAAGAAACAACAAAAAGGGGAUUGAAGAGGCGCAACGAAGAGACGAACGGUGAUGAGUCUGGUACAAAGAAGAAGGCUGAUGAAUAA